CUCCAUUCCGAUCCCAAUUUUCUCCAUGUCAGCAGCCAAAUCAAUCCAACCCAUGGCCACCGGAAGAUGAGAGCUCCAGCUCCUCCUCUUCCCGCACCGCUCUCCCGCUCCUGCUCCUCGGCCCCGCGCCGCCUCCUCUCCUCUUCCUCCCGCGCGCCGGCCGUCCGCCGCCCGCCUCGGGCCGUCGCUCGCUCCGUCUCCAUCGACGCGCCGGCGGCCGCAGCGGAGCCGGCGGUCGCGGGCGGGCCCUCCCCGACGCCGCGCCGCCGCCUCAUCCUCCUCCGCCACGGGGAGAGCACCGCCGGGGGCCGCUCCACCAGAGCUUCCCCGCGCGUGCCGCCUAUGCUGCUGCGGCGUGGUGCCCGGCCCUGCGCUCCGCAGGCGAUGUCCGGUGGGCUCUGCGGGGGCGGGGGCUCCCCGCCGGCGCGGUGCUGCGUCCCCUUCCGCCAAGCAGCAUGCUUCCUGCUGCCGACCAAGGAGAAUAGCGGAACGGAUCUCAGUUACCAGAGGAAAAACUGCAGAUGGAGGCCAGCCUUUGCUUUGGAAACUGGUGGGCCAUCAAACACUGAUGGCCAAGACUUUGAUGAGGACAGUGGCUUCCUUGGUAGGACGAGGCUGGGCAGACUCAUCCAAGCUGCUGGAAGGGAGCUGCUUGAAAAGUUGAACUCUGCCAGAACCAACUCCCCCACAAAAAUAUUCCUUGUCCUUCUUGGCUUCUACACAGCAAACGCCUUGGCAACAAUACUAGGGCAGACUGGAGACUGGGAUGUUCUUGUUGCUGGUGUUGUAGUGGCCGCCAUUGAGGGAAUUGGCAUGCUUAUGUUCAGAAAACCAAUCGCCAGGCCUCCUGGGAGGCUUCAAUCAUUCAUUUCAAUGGUGAACUACUGGAAAGCUGGUGUAUGUCUAGGCCUUUUCGUGGAUGCUUUCAAGCUGGGUAGCUGAGUAUACAUGAUCAUCUUCUGUUAUCUGCCUGUAAGUUGUUGGUAUACUGGGAUCAUGAUAACACCCGGAUAUUGGUUCCGUGAUAGCCAUGGCUCAUUGCUCAAAUUUUAAUGUUAAUUUAUAUUGUGCUCAAAUUCUGGAAGAUACGGCUGCUGGUGAAGCUAUUUGAUUUCUUCAAAGUUGAUAUAGACGCUUGGAGCA